CGGUGGGGUCGGACGGGAGAGGGACCGCGGCCUAGUCAUGGCGGCAGAGGCGGAGGUGGUGGUAGUUGUGGGCGCUGAGGUGGGGAGGACACCGGCUGUCCCCGUGAUGAGACUGGCGGCCGCCUCUGUCUCAGAUGAAGGACCCCGGAGACAACUGCUGAAGCCAAGCCAGCUCCCCAUUUACAGCGCGCCGCCCCUCGGCUCCCGGUAUGUCGAAGAGCAGCCCGGACGCUUGCAGCUGGCCAUCGCCUCGGUCCGGACCACCGUGGGACGCUACGUCGGCUGGUGCCAGGGCGUGUACAUCUUCGUGAAGACAGGGAUAGCGGACACUGUGCGGCUUGGGAAAGAUGCCUACGUCUAUCUGAAGAACCCACCCCAAGACUUCCUCCCCAGAGCCGGUGUGAUCGCCGCUUCGGGCCUGGCAGGCUUGGCCUCGGCGAGGAGAGGCCCGCGCUGGAAGAAGAUGGCCUACCCGCUGGGACUCGCCGCGGCGGGAGCAUCCGUCUGCUAUCCGGCUCAGGCGGUCAUCGUCGCUAAGGUGGCCGGGAAAAAGGCGUACGCUGCAGGCCGGAGUGUGGGCGAGGCGGUGGGAUCGGCGUGGACGGGAAGCGGAGCGCGGGACUCGGCCCAGGUCGUGGCCCACACCGGGUCGCGAGAAGCAGCAGCGGAGACGCCGCCUCCACCGCCUCCCGUCCCGCUGAGGGACUCGAUGCCCGCUGCCACCGGCGCUGAAACGCAGGCCCGGCCCAGCCCAGCAGGGGUGGGAAGGGCCUCCCUAUUUAAGGCCGACCCCGAGCUCCUGGACCACGGCCAAGCCAACCCCGAAGACCGGGACAUGUACAGCACCAGAAGCUGAAGGGCGGGCGGGAAGAUGGGUUGGAAAAGACAGCAGCCGAUUGUUAAAAAAAGACGGGGUCUUUUCUCAA